UGUCAGAUACGGUUUGGAGGAAGGAAAGAAAUUGCUUCAGACUCUGAUAGCAGAGUCACUUGUUUGUGUGCUCAGUUUGAAGCUGUGUUACAGCAUGGUCUGAGGAGGAGCCGAGGGUUAGCACUAACAGCAGCAGCGAUCAAACAGGCAGCAGGUUUCUCCAGUAAAACCGAAACAGAGCCAGUGUUUUGGUACUAUGUGAAAGAAGUUCUGAAUAAACAUGAAUUGCAGCGCUUUUACUCUCUGAAGACAAUUACUACAGAUAUUGGUAGAGGCCGGGCUUGGUUGCGCUGUGCAUUAAAUGAGCAUUCCUUGGAAAGAUAUGUUCAUAUGCUGCUUGCAGAUAAGAACCGACUCAGUGUCUUCUAUGAAGACUGGUCUUUUAUGAUGGAUGAAGAACGUUCUAGUAUGAUCCCUACGAUGGCAGCUGGCCUGAACUCCAUUCUUUUUGCAAUCAACAUUGAUAAUAAGGAUUUAAAUGGGCAGAGCAAAUGCACACCCACCAUGUCUGAUUUGUUAAAGGAAUCGACGCAAAAUGUAACCUCAUUAUUAAAAGAAUCCACUCAGGGUGUUAGCAGCCUUCUUAGAGAGAUAACUGCAUCUUCUGCUGUCUCGAUUCUCAUAAAACCGGAUCAAGACACUGACCCACUUCCUGUUCUCUCAAAGAAUGUCAAUGCUGAUUUGAAAUAUAAAAAAGAUCGAAAAAAGAAGAAGAGAGUGACAAAUAUUAUCUCAUUUGAUGAAGAGGAAGAUGAGCAAAACUUGGGGGAUGCCACGAAGCCUCUGAUUACAGGAGAAAGUUCAGAGGAGAGCGUAGACAGAUCUUCAGUUUUUGUAUUACCCUCAUCUGAAAGCACUCUUGGAAAAAAUUUGAACGGUAAUGAAAGUAACCAUUCGUGGAAGAGGAAUUCGGUGUUCAUGAAUGGGGAGUGUGAGUACCAGAAACUCGAUGUGAAGAGCAUUGAUGAUGAAGAUGCAGAUGAGGAUGAGCUGUAUGGAAAAACGUUAGGAAAUAAAGGCACAGAAGGUGAACCUGAAGCUUCUGAAGAGCCUCAUGACAUAGGCACAUGCAAUUCUCAGAUAUGCAGUUGGACUCCGCUGCAGGUCCUGAAUGAUGACUCAGAAGUUCUAUUUCCUGUCAGUGCUGUUGGCUCUUACACCCAAACAGAAUCUUAUGGACCAGUUACAGAAGAUCUUGAAGCAAGCAAUGAAGAUGGUCAGAGCCUGCAAGCCAGACCGAUACGGCAUUGGGCUGGUGAAAGGAGUAUUCAUCAGUUAUGGGAAACAGCAACGUGGGUUCUGCUGCUCGAUUUCCGAUGUCCACUUCCCGUGCUGUCCCUGGCCCUUCCGAGCAGUCCUGAGCUGGUGUGCAGGACCGUCCUGCUGCCCGGGAGGGACACACGAGGGUACGGCCACCCUCUCCAGCCAGAGCAGCAGUUUGAUAAUUUGGAGAAUGGAGAGGGGCACGAACAUGUUGUUCAUGCGGUAGAACUGGUUCCAAGGAGAUCUGAUCUUCCUUACAGAGUGGAAGUCAGUCCUCCAGCUCAAGUGAACACUUUAAGCAAUAUGUUGCCUUCAGCCACUGUGCCGGAAUCCAUGACAAUUAAUGAACUUCGUCAAGCUAUUGUGGCCAUGAUGAAUAGAAAGGAUGAACUGGAAGAACAGAAUAGAUCUCUGAGAAAUCUGCUUGAUGGAGAGAUGGAGCAUUCUGCAGUGCUAAGGCAGGAAAUGGACAACUGGAGAAGGAAGGUAGCAGAACAGGAAGAGCGACAUGCCACAAAAGUCCAAGCCUUGGCACGAGAGAAUGAGGUGCUAAAAGUGCAACUUAAGAAGUAUGUUGGAGCUGUCCAGAUGCUCAGAAGAGAAGGCCAGACAGUGGAAGUUCUGCCAAACAUUUGGAGCACUGAUGGUGAAUUUACUAUACCAGAGCAAAAGCAAGUCGAAAACAAUGAGGAACUAGCCAGCUCUUACGAAAGAAAAUUGAUUGAGGUAGCUGAAAUGCAUGGGGAACUGAUUGAAUUCAACGAGAGGCUGCACCGUGCUCUGAUGGCCAAAGAAGCUCUUGUGUCCCAGAUGAGACAAGAACUGAUUGAUUUGAGAGGGCCCGUCCCUGGAGAUUUGAGUCAAACAUCUGAAGAUCAGAGUUUGUCAGAUUUUGAAAUAUCAAACCGUGCUCUUAUUAAUGUUUGGAUUCCUUCAGUCUUUCUGCGUGGAAAAGCUGCUAAUGCAUUCCAUGUUUAUCAGGUUUAUAUUAGGAUAAAGGAUGAUGAAUGGAACGUUUAUCGAAGAUAUGCGGAGUUCAGAAGUUUGCAUCAUAAAUUACAGAAUAAAUACCAGCAAGUGAGGACUUUUAACUUUCCACCAAAAAAGGCCAUUGGAAACAAGGAUGCAAAGUUUGUAGAAGAGCGACGCAAGCAGCUACAAAAUUACCUAAGGAAUGUAAUGAACAAAAUCAUUCAAACUGUGCCAGAAUUCACAGCCAAUCCCAAAAAAGAGACUCUUAUUCAGCUGAUGCCCUUUUUUGU